GUUGAAGAGUAUGUUGUCAGAAAUUGUAAUGCAAAGACAAGAAAUGGCCAAACGACUGAAACAAGAGGCUGAGUUGGAAAAGACACAUCUUAUAGAACUAAAGGCAGGGCAGAAGCAAGACAGAGAGGAUCUGGAUAGAGAGAGUGAGAUGAUGAACAAAGAGAAACUGGAAAUGGAGCUGAUGAGGUGUGACAUCCUGAAACAAAGUGACAUAUUAGAACAAGUGAUACAAGAUCUAAAAGAGGAAAAAGACAAACUGGAAAUCACAAAGACUGAGCUACAACAGAAGAAAGAACAUGCAGACAGUCAGUUUGAUGAGAUCAACAGAGAGAAAACCAACAUUAAAGAUCUGACCCUUCAGCUUCAGAAAGAAAGAGACAAUCUUGACAAUGUCAUGAACAUGAUUAUCUUAAAACAAGAAGAACAACAACGCAAGGAAGAAGAGUUCAAAAGACAAACACAAGAACUGGAAACCAGUAAGAACAGUGUACUGGUAGAAAGAAAGGAACUGGAACUUUUGAGGAAGGAUCUCAACAGGAAGAAAGAAGAGAUUGAAGCUGCCAUGAACACAAUCAGUGGAGAGAGAGAACAACUCAAUCAGAUGAAGAGUAGUACUGACAUUGACAGACAAAGGCUCGAGAAAGAAAAGGUCAGAAUGGAAGGAGAAAGGUCUGAGCUAACAAUAAGAGAAGAUCAACUCUUGAAUGAAAUUAAAUCACUAAAAACUCUGAGGGAAAAAAUACAACAGCUAAAUGAAAAGAUGAGUGAAGACGUGAAAAACAAAAUGGAAAGAUUACAACAAAACAAUCAAGACGUACUAAUGCUGUACACUGUAUUGGAGCAAAAGCUUACAGCUCUAGAUGUUCAGAAAGAGAACCUGGCUGGAUACAGUGCCCUGUUAGAGAGAGAAAAGAAAAGUCUGAUAGGUAUAUUGUCAGACAUGGUCAUCCAGAGAGAAGACGUUGAAAAUCAAUGGAAGCAGAAGUUUGAGUUGGACAAACAAGAUCUUUACAAAUUGAAGUCAGAGCUGAAGCAAGACAGAGAGGAUCUGGAUAGAGAGAAUGAGAUGAUGAACAAAGAGAAACUAGACUUGGAGCUGAUGAGGUCUGACAUCCUGAAACAAAGUGACAUAUUAGAACAAGUGAUACAAGAUAUAAAAGAGGAAAAAGACAAACUGGAAAUCACAAAGACUGAGCUACAACAGAAGGAAGAACAUGCAGAAAGUCAGUUUGAUGAGAUCAACAGAGAGAAAACCAACAUUAAAGAUCUGACCCUUCAGCUUCAGAAAGAAAGAGACAAACUUGACAAUAUCAUGAACAUGAUUGCCUUAAAACAAGAACAACAACAACUCAAGGAAGAAGAGUUCAAAAGACAAACACAAGAACUGGAAACCACUAAGAACAGUGUACUGGUAGAAAGAAAUGAACUGGAACUUUUGAGGAAGGAUCUCAACAGGAAGAAAGAAGAGAUUGAAGCUGCCAUGAACACAAUCAGUGGAGAGAGAGAACAACUCAAUCAGAUGAAGAGUAGUACUGACAUGGACAGACGAAGGCUCGAGAAUGAAAAGUUCAGAAUGGAAGGAGAAAGGUCUGAGCUGACAAUAAGAGAAGAUCAACUCUUGAAUGAAAUGAAAUCUCUAGAACAUCUGAGGGAAAAACUGCAACAGCUGAAUGAAAGGAUGAGUGAAGACGUGAAAAACAAAAUCAUGAGACUGGAACAAAACAAUGAAGACUUACUGAAACUGUUGAGUGUUUUGGAGCAAAAGCAUGAGGCUCUGGAUAAACUGAAGGAAAAUAUGUCAUCUUACUCUGAGAUAUUAGAGAGAGAAAAAGAAGGGUUGAAGAGUAUGUUGUCAGAAAUUGUAAUGCAAAGACAGGAAAUGGCCAAACGACUUAAACAAGAGGCUGAGUUGGAAAAGACACAUCUUAUAGAACUAAAGGCAGGGCAGAAGCAAGACAGAGAGGAUCUGGAUAGAGAGAGUGAGAUGAUGAACAAAGAGAAACUGGAAAUGGAGCUGAUGAGGUCUGACAUCCUGAAACAAAGUGACAUAUUAGAACAAGUGAUACAAGAUAUAAAAGAGGAAAAAGACAAACUGGAAAUCACAAAGACUGAGCUGCAACAGAAGAAAGAACAUGCAGACAGUCAGUUUGAUGAGAUCAACAGAGAGAAAACCAACAUUAAAGAUCUGACCCUUCAGCUUCAGACAGAAAGAGAUAAACUUGACAAUGUCAUUAACAUGAUUACCUUAAAACAAGAACAACAACAACUCAAGGAAGAAGAGUUCAAAAGACAAACACAAGAACUGGAAACCAGUAAGAACAGUGUACUGGUAGAAAGAAAGGAACUGGAACUUUUGAGGAAGGAUCUCAACAAGAAGAAAGAAGAGAUUGGAGCUGCCAUGAACACCAUCAGUGGAGAGAGAGAACAACUCAAUCAGAUGAAGAGUAGUACUGACAUGGACAGACGAAUGCUCGAGAAAGAAAAGGUCAGAAUGGAAGGAGAAAGGUCUGAGCUAACAAUAAGAGAAGAUCAACUCUUGAAUGAAUUUAAAUCACUAAAAACUCUAAGGGAAAAAAUACAACAGCUAAAUGAAAAGAUGAGUGAAGACGUAAAAAACAAAAUGGAAAGAUUACAACAAAACAAUCAAGACGUACUAAUGCUGUACACUGUAUUGGAACAAAAGCUUACAGCUCUAGAUGUACAGAAAGAGAACCUGGCUGGAUACAGUGAGCUGUUAGAGAGAGAAAAGAAAAGUCUGAUAGGUUUACUGUCAGACAUGGUCAUCCAGAGAGAAGACGUUGAAAAUCAGUGGAAGCAGAAGUUUGAGUUGGACAAACAAGAUCUUUACAAAUUGAAGUCAGAGCUGAAGCAAUACAGAGAGGAUCUGCAUAGAGAGAAAGAGAUGAUGAACAAAGAGAAACUGGCAAUGGAGCUGAUGAGGUCUGACAUCCGGAAACAAAGUGACAUAUUAGUACAAGUGAUACAAGAUAUAAAAGAGCAAAAAGACAAACUGGAAAUCACAAAGACUGAGCUACAACAGAAGAAAGAACAUGCAGACAGUCAGUUUGAUGAGAUCAACAGAGAGAAAACCAACAUUAAAGAUCUGACCCUUCAGCUUCAGAAAGAAAGAGACAAACUUGACAAUAUCAUGAACAUGAUUGCCUUAAAACAAGAACAACAACAACUCAAGGAAGAAGAGUUCAAAAGACAAACACAAGAACUGGAAACCAGUAAGAACAGUGUACUGGUAGAAAGAAAGCAACUGGAACUUUUGAGGAAGGAUCUCAACAGGAAGAAAGAAGAGAUUGAAGCUGCCAUGAACACAAUCAGUGGAGAGAGAGAACAACUCAAUCAGAUGAAGAGUAGUACUGACAUGGACAGACGAAGGCUCGAGAAUGAAAAGGACAGAAUGGAAGGAGAAAGGUCUGAGCUGAAAAUAAAAGAUGAUCAACUCUUGAAUGAAAUUAAAUCACUAGAAAAUCUGAGGGAAAAACUGCAACAGCUGAAUGAAAGGAUGAGUGAAGACAUGAAAAACAAAAUCAUGACACUGGAACAAAACAACGAAGACUUACUGAAACUGUUGAGUGUUUUGGAGCAAAAGUAUGAGGCUCUGGAUGAACUGAAGGAAAAUAUGUCAUCUUACAGUGAGAUAUUAGAGAGAGAAAAAGAAGGGUUGAAGAGUAUGUUGUCAGAAAUUGUCAUGCAAAGACAAGAAAUGGCCAAACGACUGAAACAAGAGGCUGAGUUGGAAAAGACACAUCUUAUAGAACUAAAGGCAGGGCAGAAGCAAGACAGCGAGGAUCUUGAUAGAGAGAGUGAGAUGAUGAACGAAGAGAAACUGGAAAUGGAGCUGAUGAGGUCUGACAUCCUGAAACAAAGUGACAUAUUAGAACAAGUGAUACAAGAUAUAAAAGAGCAAAAAGACAAACUGGAAAUCACAAAGACUGAGCUACAACAGAAGCAAGAACAUGCUGACAGUCAAUUUGAUGAGAUCAACAGAGAGAAAACCAACAUUAAAGAUCUGACCCUUCAGCUUCAGAAAGAAAGAGACAAACUUGACAAUAUCAUGAACAUGAUUGCCUUAAAACAAGAACAACAACAACUCAAGGAAGAAGAGUUCAAAAGACAAACACAAGAACUGGAAACCACUAAGAACAGUGUACUGGUAGAAAGAAAUGAACUGGAACUUUUGAGGAAGGAUAUCAACAGGAAGAAAGAAGAGAUUGAAGCUGCCAUGAACACAAUCAGUGGAGAGAGAGAACAACUCAAUCAGAUGAAGAGUAGUACUGACAUGGACAGACGAAGGCUCGAGAAUGAAAAGGACAGAAUGGAAGGAGAAAGGUCUGAGCUGACAAUAAGAGAGGAUCAACUCUUGAAUGAAAUUAAAUCACUAGAAAUCUGAGGGAAAAACUGCAACAGCUGAAUGAAAGAUGAGUGAAGACGUGAAAAACAAAUCAUGAGACUGGAAGAAAACAAUGAAGACUUACUGAAACUGUUGAGUGUUUUAGAGCAAAAGCAUGAGGCUCUGGAUAAACUGAAGGAAAAUAUGUCAUCUUACACUGAGAUAUUAGAGAGAGAAAAGAAGGGUUGAAGAGUAUGUUGUCAGAAAUUGUCAUGCAAGACAAGAAAUGGCCAAACGACUGAAACAAGAGGCUGAGUUGGAAAAGACACAUCUUAUAGAACUAAAGGCAGGGCAGAAGCAA